AUGCCAGGCAGGCGCCCGGCCGCCCGCAGCCUGGCCGCCGCCUGGGAGCAUCCCGCCAUCGUUUCGCGGCGGAUGCACCGUGGGUCCUUGGGAUUAAAAUACUCACUGCGCUGUGCAGCCGAGGGAGAGGGGGAGCAGGUACCUACUACACCAUUUCUUUGGUGAAGGCUAUUCAGCAGUGGUGACUUCUUCCAAUCAACCACUUCACAAACUAUUAUCUCUGGACUCCCAGCUGACACCCUGCCAGAGGCUAGAGCUACUGAGACAACUGGAAUUGUGCCCAUUCUCAUCAAGGUUUUUUCUUUCACAAGGGAAAAAAAAAAAAGAUGAAGUUUGGCAAAGUGGAGUUCUGCCAUUUUCUGCAGAUUCUAGCUCUUUUCCUCUGUCUUUCUGGGAUGAAUCAAGCAGAGUUCUCAAGGUCCAGGUCAAAGCCCUACUUUCAAUCAGGGAGGACAAGAACCAAACGCAGCUGGGUGUGGAAUCAAUUCUUUGUGCUGGAAGAAUACAUGGGUACAGACCCACUCUAUGUAGGAAAGCUUCACUCCGAUGUUGAUAAAGGAGAUGGUUCCAUCAAAUACAUCUUGUCAGGUGAAGGGGCAAGUUCCAUUUUCAUUAUUGAUGAGAACACGGGCGAUAUUCAUGCUACAAAGAGGCUGGAUCGAGAAGAGCAGGCCUACUAUACUCUCCGAGCACAAGCACUAGACAGGCUUACUAAUAAACCUGUGGAACCAGAAUCUGAGUUCGUCAUUAAGAUUCAGGACAUAAAUGACAAUGAGCCAAAAUUUCUGGAUGGCCCUUACACUGCUGGAGUUCCUGAGAUGUCUCCUGUGGGUACCUCUGUGGUUCAAGUGACGGCCACUGAUGCAGAUGAUCCUACUUAUGGCAAUAGUGCUAGAGUGGUUUACAGCAUAUUGCAAGGACAACCUUACUUUUCUGUGGAGCCAAAAACAGGCGUUAUCAAGACUGCGCUUCCAAAUAUGGAUAGAGAAGCCAAGGACCAAUACCUACUAGUUAUUCAAGCAAAGGACAUGGUUGGGCAAAAUGGUGGAUUAUCAGGGACCACAUCUGUAACUGUCACUCUGACUGAUGUUAACGACAACCCACCUCGCUUUCCAAGACGAUCAUAUCAGUAUAAUGUCCCAGAGUCUUUGCCAGUGGCUUCUGUGGUGGCCAGAAUAAAAGCUGCAGAUGCAGAUGUGGGACCUAAUGCUGAAAUGGAGUAUAAGAUUGUGGAUGGUGAUGGCUUGGGAGUAUUUAAAAUUUCUGUUGACAAAGACACUCAGGAGGGAAUCAUAACAAUUCAGAAGGAGCUGGAUUUUGAAGCUAAGACAAGCUAUACGCUGAGGAUAGAAGCAGCAAAUAUGCAUAUUGACCCUCGCUUCCUGAGUCUGGGACCCUUCAGUGACAUGACAACAGUGAAGAUUAUUGUAGAAGAUGUUGAUGAGCCGCCUGUGUUUACUUCACGUUUGUACUCCAUGGUGGUGUCUGAAGCAGCAAAGGUGGGCACUAUCAUUGGAACUGUAGCGGCCCAUGAUCCAGAUGCCUCAAAUAGCCCUGUCAGGUACUCGAUAGACCGAAACACAGACCUGGAGAGGUAUUUCAAUAUUGAUGCCAACAGUGGAGUCAUUACAACUGCCAAAUCUUUGGACAGGGAAACUAAUGCUGUUCAUAAUAUCACGGUUUUGGCCAUGGAGAGUCAGAAUCCAGCACAGAUUGGGAGAGGCUAUGUAGCCAUAACUAUCCUUGACAUCAAUGACAAUGCCCCUGAGUUUGCCAUGGAGUAUGAGACAACUGUCUGUGAAAAUGCUCAAGCUGGUCAGGUGAUCCAGAAAAUCAGUGCAAUUGAUAAAGAUGAUCCACCGAAUGGCCAUCAGUUCUACUUCAGUUUAACAGCAGAGGCAGCAAAUAACCACAAUUUUACACUGCAAGACAACAAAGAUAAUACUGCAACAGUAUUAACCAGAAGAAAUGGUUUCCGAAGACAGGAACAGUCUGUCUUCUACUUGCCAAUAUUCAUUGUGGACAGCGGAUCACCUUCACUUAGUAGCACUAAUACUCUCACUAUCAGAGUCUGUGAUUGUGAUGCAGAUGGUAUUGCUCAGUCAUGCAAUGCAGAAGCAUAUAUCUUGCCUGCAGGACUUAGCACUGGAGCCCUGAUUGCAAUAUUGGCUUGUGUAUUGACACUGCUAGUUCUUGUCUUGCUGAUUGUCACCAUGAGGCGACGGAAAAAGGAGCCCCUCAUUUUUGAUGAAGAGAGAGAUAUCAGAGAGAAUAUUGUCAGGUAUGACGAUGAGGGUGGUGGAGAAGAAGACACUGAGGCUUUUGACAUGGCUGCCUUGAGAAACCUCAACAUCAUCCGAGACACCAAGACCAGAAGGGAUGUGACACCUGAGAUUCAGUUCCUGAGCAGACCAACUUUUAAAAGCAUUCCAGAUAAUGUCAUUUUUAGGGAAUUUAUCUGGGAAAGACUAAAAGAAGCUGACAUGGACCCUUGCGCGCCGCCUUACGACUCUCUGCAGACAUAUGCAUUUGAGGGGAAUGGCUCAGUGGCAGAGUCUCUCAGUUCUUUAGAUUCUAUAAGCUCAAACUCUGACCAGAACUAUGAUUACCUCAGUGACUGGGGCCCUCGCUUCAAAAGGCUUGCAGAUAUGUAUGGGACUGGACCAGAAUGCUUAUACUCAUAGCCUUGGAACCUAUCUCUGAAAAUGCACUGAAGAAUAGUAAAACAGAAAACUUAACCUUA